AUGUAUAAACAUUUCAUGAAGGAAUACUUGGAUCUCGGGCACAUGGAACCAGUCCGUAGUUCAGAGUCCCCAAGUCAGGCAUACUACAUGCCACAUCAUGCAGUAAUUAAGGAAUCUAGCUCUACGAGUAAAAUACGUGUGGUAUUUAAUGCUACUAGUAAGUCUUCAUCAGGACUAUCUCUUAACGACAUAUUGAUGACAGGUCCCAGAAUACAACAAGAGCUGUUUCCAGUUUUGGUCAAAUUCAGAUGUUACCCAGUAGUUGUCACAGCUGAUAUCAUGAAAAUGUUUAGACAAAUUCUAGUUAAUGAAGAGGAUAGAAACUUUCAAAGGAUAUUUUGGCGGGACCGUCCAAGUGAUCCUAUUCAAGAAUUUCGACUUAAUACUGUCACAUACGGCACUGCCUCGGCUCCAUAUUUGGCUACUCGUGCUUUAUACCAACUUGCCUACGAUGAGCAGAAUAACUAUCCUUUAGCUUCGAAGGCUGUACUUCAAAACUUUUUUGUAGAUGAUUGUUUGGUAGGUUGCUCAAACACUGAAGAGUGCAAAAAUCUAGUAAAUCAACUCUUGCAAAUGUUGGAACGUGGAGGAUUUCUUCUGCGUAAAUGGUCAUCCAAUGACUUGUCAGUGUUAGAGAAUAUACCCCAGGAGUUGAGAAAUGAUUCUGAGGCUAUGAAAAUUCAAGACGAUAGCUCAAUCAAAGUUUUAGGAAUUAAUUGGAACCCCCGUGAAGACUACUUUAACUUUUCCGUAUCCAUUUCUGAGAUGUGGAAACUCCAUUUAUCGUGGGAUGAACCUGUUAGUUAUGAAAUUGCUAACAAAUGGAAGACUUUCCAAAAUGAUUUACAUCUUAUUCAACAAUUAAAAAUACCGAGAUUUGUUUUAAUUCCUGAUGUGAACUAUAUUGAUAUCUGUGCUUUUUGUGAUGCCUCCGAGAAAGGCUACUGUGCAGCAAUUUAUUUGCGUUCAGUGUCACGUAAUUUGGACAUCAAAGUAACACUCUUAACAUCAAAAACAAGAGUUGCUCCUCUGAAAGUGCAAUCAUUACCUCGAUUAGAGUUAUGCGCCGCAGUUUUGUUAGUGAAUUUGCUUAAAUCAGUGUUAGAACAUUUAGAGUUUCCUAUACGUAAAGUUUUGGCCUGGACAGAUUCAACUGUUGUACUGUCCUGGAUUUUUGCAGAACCAUACCGUUGGGUUCCCUUUGUUGCAAACCGCGUUGCUAAAAUACAGAAUACAAUUCCUAAUGUAAGGUGGAACCAUAUCAAUGGAAAGCGGAACCCAGCUGAUUCAGGUACAAGAGGAAUGUUUCCAGCAGAAUUUCUGAAGUGUGAACGAUGGUUCAUUGGACCUACUUGGUUAUAUUCACAAGAUUUCGAACCAUGUCCUGACAGUGAACAUCUUUCUGAUGUAGAUUAUGAAGGAGUUCAAAUCGAGGCAAGACCGACCCAGAUAAUGGGUGAUUUACCCUCGCCCAGAGUUCAACCAUCAAGACCUUUUGCAGUCACCGGUGUUGACUAUGCUGGUCCAUAUUCUAUUAAGUCCCAAGUUGGGAGAAGAACAAAAACUUUCAAGUGUUACAUAUCCAUUUUUGUGUGUUUCUCAACAAAAGCUGUACACUUGGAGUUAGUCAGUGAUUUAUCAACUUCAACGUUUUUAGCAGCUCUAAAAUGA